AAUAGCUGAUUCACAAUGGAGCCGUACAGGCAUGUAUCUGUGGCCCUAGAGCGAGACACGCAGAAAAGGGAGCAGGAAUGGCUUUUGAAAAAUAAAAUGCCUACUUACCUAGACGAGUUGAGGCAAAAAAUUGAGUCUUGUAUAAGAUUCAUAAAUCCUGUAAUCUGCUCGGCGGCAGAACAUGAUCAAUCGUCUCAGAAUAAAGGAGGUGGAGAAGGCAACAAGGAAUUAGUUAGGCUUAAAGUUUCAGACAACUUGAAGGGAUAUUUGAAAAUUGAUGGAUGGAAUAUAACCGAAUCACAAUUGAUGGUCAGGUUUCCAAAAUUUAAUAAAGGUAUCUCUUACGCGAUAAGUUCAUCCAAUACUCAGCCGUGGAAACUACACCAAAUUCAAAAUGUACAUGAAUUCCUGCACAUGGCGCUGAGUCACAUAGACAUGCCCGAUCCAGUCUCCGCAACUCGGAUUAUGAAGUGUAUAGAUGAAGUGGUCCAUUGCUUGAAACAGGCUCUGUCCGAAAUGGAGACGGAGUACUCUUCGAUAGGCAGCACGAAUGAGACCUUUUUUUCUUCCAUUCCAGAAAAUUUGCACGUUUGCUUCAGCGUCUUGAACACCAGCUACGUCGUGUCAGUUUAUCUACUUCGACCACAAAAGCACUCCAGGGCGUUCGACCCUUCACACAGAAGGCAGGCGUACGAGGAGGGGGUUUCGGGUUCGAGAGCUUUGGACGCAAAUUUUCCAGAGGUGGUGGCGGACAGCGCGCAAUGCGCACAACCAAGCAAAAAAUUGGAAAGGUGCCUGGUCAACAUCCACGGCAUACUAGAACUGUGCCUGGAAAUUCGAGAAAAGUUGAUUGUUGUCUCUCAAGUCAAUUGA